CCAUGGCUGGUUUGUCAAAUUAUUGAUGCGGUGGUUUGAAUCACGUUUGAAUUGAUGUGCGAAGCUUCGCAUUUCUUUUUAUAUCAUAUUAUAAGUUUAUGUGCUUCAAAAUUGUGAACUGUAAUAAGUGUAAUUGUUUUUGUUAAGUGUACAAUUAAAUAAAUCAUGGUUUUGGCCGAGAGAAGUAAUGAUGUUCGAAACGGGAAGCGGUCGAGGGGGCCAAGCCCGAAUGGCCAUGGAAGUCCUGACUCCAGUUCUGAAGAUGAGAAUGUAGUGCCAUUUGCAGCAGAGAAAAUUAGAGUGGGUCGAGAUUACCAGGCAGUAUGCCCUGAACUAGAGCCUGUGGAGCAAAGGAGGCCUGAAUUGAUAUCUGACAGAGCUCUGCUUGUGUGGUCACCAACUUCUGAAAUAUCAGACUCUAAAUUGGAUGAAUAUAUAACAACGGCUAAAGAAAAGUAUGGUUAUAAUGGUGAACAAGCCCUUGGAAUGUUGUUCUGGCACAAACAUGACCUCAAUCGAGCAUCAAUGGACCUUGCAAACUUCACACCAUUUCCUGAUGAGUGGACAGUGGAAGACAAAGUGUUAUUUGAGCAAGCUUUCCAGUUUCAUGGAAAGAGUUUUCAUAGAAUACGACAAAUGUUGCCUGACAAAUCAAUAGCAUCUCUAGUCAAAUACUACUAUUCAUGGAAAAAAACUAGAGCCCGCACUUCUCUUAUGGAUGUAGUGAGUGAGGGACGGAAUGCAACUGGCUCUGGUGGAAGUAAGCGGGAGUCUGGCGGGGGCUCUGAACCUGGUGGUUCAGAUAAAGAGUCUGAUAAUGAUGAGAAGAAGUGGACUUACCACCGCGGCGUAGUGCGCGCCGGGGGCGGCGAGACCGCGCCGCGAGCCGCCGGGCCGGCCGCCGCGCAGGGCGAGAACGGCGGCGAGAACGCGGGCAAGUGGUGCACGGUGUGCGGCAUACAGUGCUCUCAGACCACGACGCACAACUCACAGAAGUUAUGCCAGGCAUGCCUCGUGCACGCCAGACGCACGGGGACGAUGCGACCGCUGUGCGGGCCGUCCGGGCGACGCGGCCCCGGCUCAAAGCAGCAGCGUUACAAGCACCGGUUGCCUCGUGGCAUUUACAUCAAUCAUGACGAUCUCGUCGCCAUGGCCACCGGCCCGCAGCCCGGCGACACUCCGCAGCGCGGGCUUGUCAAUCAGGGUGAAGCUAUGCUCAAAGCCAUGGACAGAGAAAUUACAUCUCUCAAACGACAAGUGCAAGCGAACAAGCAGCAGCUGAGUGCGAUGAAGCGCAAGGUGGGCGACGCGGGCGUGGAGGAGCUGCGGCCCGGGGAGCCGCCAGCCAAGAUCAACGCGCGCUGGACCAACGAUGAGCUGCUCAUGGCCGUCACAGCCGUCAGGAAAUAUGGCAAGGACUUCCAGGCGAUCGCGGAGACGCUGGGCACGAAGACAGAGGCACAUGUUCGCACAUUCUUCAUCUCGUACCGCCGCCGUUACAACCUGGACGCCGUGCUGCGCGAGCAUGAGGCCGACCGCGGCAACGCGCACCACAUACAAGCCGGCGCCACAAGCACAGAGAAUGAAAAUGGUUCUGAGAAUACUACCACGAAUAACGGCACCAGCUCUCCUCCUGGCAGUGGUAAAGAUGAAAAGACGGAGGUGGACAGCGAGGGCGUAUCGCUAGGCGCGCCGGCGGAACAGGGCGGGCCGCCCACCACGCCGCCCAAGCCCGCCAAGCCAGCCAAGUGAUCGCCGCGGGACUGACGUGGGCGCCGCCACCACCCCCGCCCUGGCUCCACACACGCAUCGCUGAUAUAUCGACCUGGUUAAUCUUCGACCUCGGAAUUAUAUACGAUUCCGUGGCCGAACCUAUUGAGUGCAUCGUAGAUAAUGAAGCGUAUAAUUUAUUUACAUUCGAAUAUGUAAUAAUAACACUAGCCGGUCCGAUGCGUUGCGUGAUCGCGGCCGAGAACGGGUUAUUCACGAUGCAAAGUGUAUCUGAAAAAUUCGUGCCAGAGUUUAGUUAGGCAUUUAUAUCUACGCGGCGACGCAGAGUAUCGUAAAGUAGGCUUAGUAUAGGAUAAAAUAAUGGUGCAAGUAUUUUUAAUGAAGAGUUAGUGAUCACGGCUAUGUUGGUUGUAAAGUUUGUCGCGUCAGGCUAGGGAAUGUCGAGUAUACGUUGUAGGUUGCACUGUAUCGUGAACUUUGUAAAUAUUUAAUUCGAUAUUGAUAUGCUACUAGAAGUAAGUUUUUUAUAUUGUGCGAUCGUCAUACUUAUUGUUAAAGUAAUUAGGAAUUAAAUAUGCAUUUUAUUCUGGUUUGAAUGAAAUACGAUAAUGGAGUGUAUGUGAGCUGUGCUCUCAUUGGACACGGCGGCCGUUUGAUAUUUUAGUUUAUGAUCUCUUCUGAGUUUGUCAGCGGAUUUGUGAGAGUGUUACUAACACGUACUAUAGGUAAUUAAUAUUAUUCACUUGCCUUAAGAUAUACAUGUCUCAUGUACUCGCAUGUUAAACAAAAUAUUACGAUGUAACGCAGAGAGUAGAUAGGUAUAUUUUAGUAGUGCUGCAAAUAUGCAGUAUAAUACAAAUAGUUUUAUAAAAUGAUAAAAGUAAUAAGAGUAAAUAUUAGUUAGACGGUUUUAUAGCGUUACUACAAUUUAUUUAAUAAGUAUAUUAUCAGUAUAUUGUCCACUUCGCUUCUAGUUAAUACUAUCUUUAAAUUAUUAUACCUAAAUAAAAUUAACUUGACUAUACUCAGUAGAUAGUGGCGAUAAAUUUAAUGCCAGAAAUUAUGAAAUUCCGCUGAAAUAGAAUUAGACAAGUUACGAAACGCCUUUGCAAUAACAGUACCUUAUACAGUGAGAUAAUGGAUUAAAUUGCUUUACACCGCGUGCACAUUUUGUAAUGAUUAGUGACAUAGAUAAUACUAUAUUGACGAUAUUUUUAUACAAGUAAAAGACAUCUCAAUAUUUAGAUAAGUUUGAAUGUGUGAAAUAUUUAGUUGAAUCAUUUUAUCGUAAUAUUCGUUUUAACUUCUUACAGUAGUGUUUAGGUUUUAUUUUGUUUAGUACGAUGUGAUGAACUAUCACGUCUCGUGUAGCAUAAUGCCGUAGUUUAAUGUUGAACAUCACGACAUAAUGGUGAGCCGUUUGAUAUGAUUUUAUUUUAAACAAGAACCGAAGAUGUGGUUACCGAUGUAAAUUUUGUUUAUAACCUUACAUUUUUUUUGUAUAUACUUGAUUAGUUUACGUGUGAAUAAUUACUAAAUCAAAAAGUAAUUAAGACAUCGAUUGAAUGAACCACCAAUUGUUUUUAUAUAUUUAAUGACUCGGAAAUCGUCAUUUUUAUUUAGGUCAAUAUCCGCCUAACAUCGACAUAAGCAAUAUUUUGAAUUCCUUUUAUUACUAUAAUCCAUUUUUUUCCACAAGUCUACUAAUAUUCGGCAAUAAUUUUAUUAGUUUAAUUUUAGUUAAUGGGGUUGGAAGUUUUUGUAAGCGCUUGUAAAUACAUACACACAUGCUGCAUUAUGUAAGUUGCACAUCCGGAAGUAAUAUUGCAGACGUUGAGCUCCCGCGAAACAUACGAGUUGUAUUGUAAGGUGCGUUUACAAAUGGCAACUACUAUGAUCGCUCCAAAGACACCCACAAAUAAAGUCAUCUUAUUUAUUCACGCUAACUAGGGCUAGUACGUACGUUGUUACACAAUUAAAUUAUUUUUAUUAUUAUGUGUUUUGUAUAUUAGAAUAUGAAUCAUUUUCGUUUAUGAGGUUUUUUUGUAAUAAGAAAGCUCAAACAAACAAUUUAGUUUUAGUCCCAUCAAAACAGUCUGUGCGAAUCACAAUUGACUAAUUACUAUGUAUUUCUAAAAUUCAGGGAUUUUAAUUUUAUUAAGAAUACUAAAUAAAUUUAAGUAUCAUAUAAAUUA